AUGGUCCUUCGCGAUAGUAUGCGCCAGCAUCAGAACAUGAAUAACCUACAACAGACCAUGAUAGCCGUAGUGACAGAGUCCGUGGCUGCAGUUAUGGCACCCACCAUGAAUGAUAAUAACCUCUACCAUCGAACCAGCGUACCUGCGAAUGCAUCGACAAGUCCUGCUGACAGCAGCACACAUGGUGCCAACAAUCACACCGAAUAUUCCUAUGACAUCUCCGCCGCGGGUCUUUUGUAUUGGAGUGGUGAUGGGGGCGGUGGAGGUGUUAAUGGCGUAGCUGAACUUGGCUCCGACAACUCCAUUGCCAGAGAUAGUAGCAGUGAAAUCAUCAUUGAUAGCCUUAGCAAUUCAUUUGAAUAUUUGAAUGCGUCCGCAUAUGCCCAUGAUUCCAAUGAUACAGAUUUUUACAUGCACUGCAUGGACAGAGAUCCCGUUACGAAUCUAUCGUAUUUCAAUCUCACGUGUGAGACGCAGAUAGAAUAUGUUCUGCCACUGUACGGUUAUAUAAUGCCAUUUUUGUUAGUGCUAACUGUGGUGUCCAAUUCCUUGAUUGUGCUGAUACUGAGCAAAAAGAAUAUGUCAACGCCGACUAAUUUUGUACUAAUGGGUAUGGCCAUAUUUGAUAUGCUGACGGUAAUAUUUCCGGCUCCUGGUCUCAUCUACAUGUACACGUUUGGCAAUCACUACAAGCCCCUGCAUCCGACGAGCCUCUGUCGAGCCUACAUAAUAUUCGUCGAUAUUUUGCCUGCAAUCUGUCACACAGCGUCAAUUUGGUUGACAUUGGCGUUGGCCGUACAAAGAUACAUCUACGUGUGUCACGCUCCCAUGGCGCGGACAUGGUGUACAAUACCUCGCGUCAAACGCUGCACUCUGUAUAUAGCCAUAGCAGCAUUUCUGCAUCAAAGUACUCGCAUGAUUGAUCGUUCCUAUGAGCCACUGACGAUCGAGUGGAAUGGUGAAAUGGUCGAGGUGUGUCAUCUGGAAACGGCCGAUUGGGUACACGAGCUUAUCGGCGAAGACCUUUACUUCUCGACAUUCUAUCUGUUUCGAGUUUUCUUUGUUAACUUGUUGCCUUGUGUCAUGUUGGUCACACUGAAUAUUCUCCUAUUCUCGGCUAUGCGUAAAGCGCAGGAACGAAGAAAACUUCUAUUUAGCGAAAAUCGCAAAAAGGAAUGCAAAAAGCUGCGAGAGAGCAAUUGCACCACACUAAUGCUGAUUGUGGUGGUCUCUGUGUUUCUGGCCGUGGAAAUUCCCAUAGCUGUGGUCACAGUUAUGCACAUUGUGUCCUCCCUGGCUUAUCAGUUUCUGGACUACAGCAUCGCCAAUGUCUUUGUGACGGCUACGAAUUUUGCUCUGGUCGUCAGUUAUCCUAUUAAUUUCGGUAUCUACUGUGGCAUGUCAAGGCAGUUCCGAGAAACUUUCAAAUCCAUCUUCCUGGGACGUAUGGUGGGCAAAAAGGACAAUUCGUCACGUUACUCCAUUGUAAAUGGACCACGCACCUGCACCAACACCAACGAGACAGUCCUCUAGUAA